AUGGAAAUAUUUGAUGAGUCAAUAAGAAAAGGGCCCCAAAAAAUUAUGGAAAGGUUUGUUGUUGUUGGCAUGCUAUGUGCUCAUGUUGUGGUAGCUUUAGGGCCUGCUAUUGUUGAGACCCUUAAGAUGUUAGAGGGUGACGAUUUAGAUCGCAAGGAUGGUGGCCGUGGAGAGGGCUACGGCUGGUGCGGUGGUGAUUUGGGUGAGAUAGAGGACUGGUGGUUAGGACGUGGUGGAGUUGAGGAGAGGCUAGCGAAGACAGAGGGGCACUUGGCCUCAAUGGCGGAGGCAUGGGCGGAUGCGACGAUGAGGGGAGAAGGGGAAAGAGCGUGGCGACGAUUGUACUGCGUAGAUCUAGGGUCGUGCGAUGAUGGUCACGGUGAUGGGUGCUGGUUAGUGGUGGUCGGUGCAGGGAGUUGGGAUGCUUGGUGUAUGUGA